AUGGAAGAGCAGAGUAGGCAGGAAUUGGGGCUGAUGACAUCGUGCAAAAUAGGGUACGAGUACGCGGAGCACCAGUUUCUGGGAAAUCAUAUUUCUCUCAAGUAUAGGAACCCCAAGAGCGUGACAGACCCUACGCCUGACAGGAUUGAAGUGGCAAAGAAAGCGGCUAACAUUGUUCCCAUCAAACUUGGCGAGGGCGGUGAUGCCUUGAGUCUUGGACGUGGAGAAAUUUCUGCGUUGACAGGAGACUUUUACGGAACCGAGGAUCCUGUUAGUGACGGGAAAUUAGACGCCGAACGGAAACAACGGCUUCCUUAA